CGGACCGACAAAUCCUCGGGACUGCCGGACAAGCGCGUCUGGCGGGAAAUUUCUCGCUCGUAGCUCACAGGCCCUUGCUCCCUAAAUACUUUCUCUUCUCCACCAUCUCAACUUUUUGUCCUAAAAUCCCCUCAGCCCGACUCUUCAGCCUCUGAUCGACCGCCCUUUCGGGGCUACUUGGGAGCUUAGCAGUAUCCGUUCACUGCCUUCCGUCUGUGCAACCCCCACCCCCUAAGUACCACCAGAGGCAACUUCGCUCACCAUGGGUGUUUUCGACGCCGUGCGUGGUCGGGACGACAAUGGUCGCAUGACCCAGUCAGUUGUUGAUACUACGAACUUCGAAGAGUCGAAGCAUGUGCGGUCGGAUGCGACUGGCACUGACGCAAUUGAACGGCCCCUAAACUAUGAAUCGCAAACGCCCAGCGACUCUGAUUCAUCUUUUGGCGUCAAUGGCGUCCUCGAUGAUGAGAAGGAGGUCGAGAAGAACCCACAGAAUGUCACGGACAAGGCUGGCUUGGGUCAACAGAAGGCUGAAGCUGCUGCCUUGGUUUGGAGUCGCCCAGCCGUCGCUGGUAUCUAUGCCUGGAUCUGGGUGGGCUUCUUCAUGCUUGCCUUCCACUCGGCGAUCAGCUCCAGUCUGAUGAACUGGGUAUACGGAAGUUUCUCGUCGGCUCCACAAAUCUCGACCUCGUAUAUCCUGGCCAGUAUCAUCGGUGGAGUUCUGAAGCUUCCCCUGGCCAAGACCCUGCAGCUGUGGGGUCGUGCGGAGGCACUGCUGUUCUCCACUGCAAUCUACGUGCUUGGCCUGAUUAUUCUGGCGGCGUGCAAUGGCCCCAACGCCUUUGCGGCUGGAUACGUCCUGUACUGGAUUGGCUACUACUGCAUAUAUCUGAUUUUGGACAUCUUCGUUGCGGAUACCACGGGACUGCGCUCGCGAGCCUUUGCUUUCGCCUUUGCCUCGACUCCGUUUAUUUGCACCGCGUUUACUGGCUCAUUGGCGGCACAGUCGAUUUACAACACUUCGGGUUGGCGCUGGGGAUAUGGAAUGUUCUGUAUUAUCCAACCCGUCGUCUUCUGCCCCUUGGCCCUGCUGUUCAAGUUCUAUGAGCGCAAGGCUAUCAAGAUGGGGGUGUGGCAGCCCAGGAACACUGGACGUACUAAGAUGCAGUCGAUCGUCCAUUACUUCCAUGAAUUUGAUGUUAUCGGAGCCUUCCUGCUUAUGGCUGCUUGGGUCAUCUUCCUGCUCCCCUUCAGCUUGACCCAGUAUGGCCGUUCUCAGUACAAGUCGGCCACUUUCAUUGCCAUGGUCGUGAUCGGCUUCUGCAUGCUCUUCAUUUUCGCGGCGUGGGAGAAAUGGUUCGCACGCCACCACUUCAUUCGUUACGAACUGCUCAAGAGACCCACCAUCCUUGGCGCCUGCGUCUGCUCUGCGGUUUCAUUCUUCAGCUUCUACCUGUGGGAUCAGUACUUCUACAACUUUGUGCUGAUUACGUACAACCUGGACAUCAGCAUGGCUGGUUACAUGAUCCAGAUUUACAACGUCGGAUCGUGCUUCUGGUCCCCGAUUCUGGGUCUCAUCAUCUGGUGGACCAAGCGGUUCAAGUAUAUCGUGUUGUUCUUUGGUGUUCCAUUGAUGCUUCUAGGCUCCGGUUUGAUGAUAUAUUUCCGGGGUGGCGAGCAUGGUAUUGGUUAUAUUAUCAUGUGUCAGAUCUUCAUCGCGUUCGCUGGAGGCACCAUCGUUAUUGGCGAGGAUAUGGCUGUUAUGGCCGGUGGUGGCCGUGAGGGUACACCCAUGAUGCUGGCUUUGAUUGGCCUGUUCUCUAGCAUCGGUGGGGCUAUCGGUUAUGCCGUUUCUGCUGCCAUCUAUAACAAUGUGUUUGUGGAUGCCCUGGCCAGUCGCUUGCCCGACGACCUCAAGGCCAACGCGACCAUGAUCUACUUCGAUGGCAUCAACGUGCAGGAUACCUACCCGGUGGGCUCUGCUCUCCGUGAUGCCUGUAUCUAUGCUUGGGGCUAUGCCCAACGUAUGAACUGCAUUGCCUCGACCUGCAUUCUGGUCCUGCUCAUUCCUGCCGUCGCCGUGUGGAAGAACUACGAUGUUGGCAAGAAGCAGAACAAGGGUACCAUGCUUUUUGACUGAGCAUCUUGUCUCGCGUCAUGAAUACAUGAAUUGCAUAAAUGACAUUCUUCUUUCUAUUUUACGUUUUGCUCGGGGUGAAUAUGUGGGUCUCGACCUGGACCCUAACGGGUGCAGAGUCAGCCACGAAACUAUCAAGAACUCUCCUGUACAUUAAUUGACUGUUAGCACAAAUGUAAUGCAUUGACCCCUGCACCUAUUGGCUGCAGCAUGUCGGAAUCAACAAGUUUUCUUAUUAUAUAGUCUGUACACCAAAGGAUCAAACCCCGCACACAUCCCUCGUGG